AGGCGUGGCUUAAACAAACAGUGACAGGAGCUGAACACGUGAGGGCAACUGAGACUCAAGAUCAACUCCAGGUCGGAGUUACUGCUCUGUCACAGACAGACAACCGGAUUUUCAUUUUCGGUUAUUCUAAUUAGCCGAUCUUCUUAGAGAUUUCUGGCAGAAGUCCCUUGACCGGUUAGGUGAGAUUUCAGGUUUGAAAGAUAAGAGAGAAAAACUUUUUAUGUGGAAUAAUUCGACUGUUUUAAAGCUCUCCUAAAACUGAAAUUUUGGAGUCCUGGAGAGAGGUGCAGAUGCGCACUUAGAGGUCCGGUCCUGAAGGGUUGCUGGAGAACUGCCCCCUCCCGUAAGAUCCGCAGGUGUUGACCAUGCUUCAGAAUGGAAACAACAAGGAGAAGCUGCCGCAAGCAGAGGAGACGAAGGGCGACUCACCCGCCCCCGCGGACAAGAAGGACUCCGAGCCCUCACACUUCCCCAUGCCGGUUCACACCAAGCUGGAGAUAAAACGCAACGCGGUGACGGACGAUUAUAAGAUCUCCAGUCAGGUCCUGGGCCUGGGGAUCAACGGGAAAGUCCUGGAGUGCUUCAACAAGAAGACUGGAGACAAGUGCGCGCUGAAGAUUUUGUACGACAGUCCCAAAGCGAGACGAGAAGUGGAGCUUCACUGGCGGGUUUCUGGGGGGCCGUACAUCGUUCGCAUUCUGAAUCUCUAUGAGAACAUGCAUCACGGGAAGAAGUGUCUGCUCAUCAUCAUGGAGUGCAUGGAGGGAGGAGAGCUGUUCAGCCGGAUCCAAGCCAGAGGGGACCAGGCCUUCACUGAAAAAGAGGCAUCAGGGAUCAUGAAGGACAUUGGCACCGCCAUUGAGUUUCUCCACAACAUCAACAUUGCACACAGGGAUGUCAAGCCAGAGAACCUGCUGUACACCACCAAACAGAAAAGCGCCGUCCUCAAACUGACAGACUUUGGUUUUGCCAAGGAGACGACCCUGCACAACCCUCUGCAGACGCCCUGUUACACACCCUACUACGUCGCUCCUGAGGUUUUAGGGCCGGAGAAAUACGACAAGUCGUGCGACAUGUGGUCUCUGGGUGUCAUCAUGUACAUCCUGUUGUGUGGGUUCCCUCCGUUUUACUCCAACACGGGCCAGGCCAUCUCUCCGGGGAUGAAGAGGAGGAUCAGGAUGGGCCAGUAUGAGUUCCCCAAUCCAGAAUGGUCUGAGGUGUCACAAGAAGCAAAAGAUUUGAUCCACCAGUUACUGAAAACGGACCCCAGUGAGCGGAUGACCAUCACGCAGUUUAUGAACCACCCCUGGAUCAAUCAGUCCAUGAUGGUUCCCUCCACUCCGCUACACACCACCCGGGUCCUGACGGAGGACCGAGAGAUGUGGGAGGAUGUGAAGGAGGAGAUGACCAGCGCUCUAGCCACCAUGCGCGUGGACUACGAUCAGGUGAAGAUCAAGGAUCUCGAUACGUCCAGCAACCCUCUGCUCAACAAGAGGCGCAAGAAGGCCGCCGGCGCCGCGGGAUCCAAGAGUAGCUCGACGGUCUGUCAGAGUCAGUAAAACCAGGAGGAAGUCAAAUGUGCUGACCGGAGCAGAGUGGCUGAGAAUAAAGAGUUGUUUGUGGAUACGAGCUGUUGUGAUUUGAUAGAAACUGGACUUGAAGAAAUAACAUGCAGGCACAUCUGUAUCUGCUGCAUAAAUGAGCAUUUUCUGCUAAAAAAGCAGUUUUUGCUCACCUUUUUAAGUGUCUGUUUGCAGACUUGAAGCUUUUGUAGUUGUACUGUUUUGAUUUUUAAAUGCUGGAUUGCCUUUUUUUAAGGUCUCCUGCUGGACACUGACGAAGGAUCCUGAUGUGAAACACCUGUACCGUCUUAAAUCUGUUCUGUUUUCUGCUGGCUUUUUGUUCUUGAAUUGUUUCUUGUGGAUGUUAAUAAAUUGUAGCUUCCA